GAGCCAACUCAGUAACCCCUCCUUAUCAAAACCACCCUGCGUCUCUCUCAUCUCUCUCUCUCUCUCUCUACAAAACCCAGAGAGAAAACCAAGAAAAAACAGUCCAAAAACCCAUCUUUACAAACUAAUCACUUAUUAUUAUCUUCAUCUUCUUCCUCUAUCCAAACCGAUUUGAAACAAAAAAUGUCACACACAAUCUUCCAAACAGCACAAAUCAUGCCAAUAAACCACACCCACCUGACACCCACCACCAAACUCUUAUCAUCAUCAUCUCCUAUGAACCCCCUGUUACCUUUUUCUAACCAGCGAGCUGUUCCGGUGAGCCGGAGGGGUUUGGUGGUGAGGAAUUCUUCGGCGGUUGUUGAUGGAGAUGCGGUGGCGGGACUUGAACGGUGUUUUAAGAUGACUCCGCCGGAGUAUGGUGGUGGAGAUGUGGUGGCUCAUGGGCCGGUUAUGAAGGGGCAGUAUGGUGCGUUUGGUGCGGUCACGUUGGAGAAAUCCAAGCUGGAUAUGACUCAGAAACAGACCAAGUCUAGUCCUGAGCUGGCAAUUGGAGGAGGUGGCGGCAAUAUUGGGAAGAGCAUAAAUUUUGGUGGUGGUGAUGGAGGUGAUGAUGAUGGUGACGACGACGAUUACUUUGAUGACUUUGACGAUGGUGAUGAGGGGGAUGAUGGUGGACUCUUUAGGAAGCGGAUUAUUUUCCCCGAGUUAUUUGAUCGGAAGUUUCUCGAGGCUGUAUUGAAUGAGUGGCAGAAGACAAUGAUGGAUUUGCCAUCUGGACUCCGCCAAGCCUAUGAAAUGGGUUUGGUGAGCUCGGCCCAAUUGGUAAAAUAUAUAGCCAUGAAUGCGAGGCCAACAACUUCAAGGUUUAUCUCACGGGCUCUUCCUCAAGCACUGUCUCGGGGUUUCAUUGGCAGGAUGAUUGCAGACCCUGCGUUUUUAUAUCGGUUCCUCUUAGAACAGGCAGCUACAAUCGGUUCCUCAGUAUUAUGGGAGGUUAAAAACCGCAAAGGAAGGAUAAAGGAGGAAUGGGAUCUUGCUCUGAUUAACGUGCUUACUGUAACCGCAUGCAAUUCUAUUGUCGUUUGGUCCCUCGCUCCUUGUCGUUCAUAUGGAAAUACUUUCCGGUUCGAUUUGCAAAACACUUUGCAAAAACUUCCAAAUAAUGUUUUCGAGAAAAGCUAUCCCAUGCGGGAGUUUGACAUGCAAAAAAGAGUCCAAUCGUUUUUCUACAAGGCUGCAGAGUUGUGUAUGGUUGGUUUAACCGCAGGGGCCGCACAAGGUGCUCUGACAAACCUUGUUGCGCGGAAAAAAGACGGAAGAUUAUCUGUGACGAUUCCGUCUGUGAGUACUAAUGCACUCGGUUAUGGAGCGUUCCUUGGUAUUUAUGCAAAUUUGCGUUAUCAGCUUCUAUGUGGAUUUGAUAGAGCUAUGGUCACCCAGUUUGAUGUUAUUGGGGUCGGAUUGGCUUUCAGCACAGCCUUGAGAAUCAUGAAUGCACAACUAGGAGAGACAUCAAGACUAGCCUGGCUCGGGGUGGAGGUCGAUCCAUUAGCCCACUCAGACGACUUACUGAAACAAGCGUACAAUAGGCCAUCUGAAACCGUCAACAACACUUCUCCAAAAUGGUUCAUAUCCAAGAAUCCUGUAACUUCAGGGCUCGGGCUGCUUGGGUUUAAGCAGGACCAAAGUCAAACCACCACCGAUGGAGCAGCACCGCCUCCAAAGGCCCGGAGAAAGAGAAUCGUGAGGAAAAAGGUCACAACCUGAGUGCUUGACCCGGUUGAGUCAACUCAUUUUUGUUCCCUGAGGGGAUACGGGUGUAGUAUGUGAUUCUGGUGGUGAGGGGAAACUGUAUUUUGACUUGACGGGACCGAAACUGUUUAGGAUGCACCAGUAAACAAACCAUGGAAUUUUUGUACCCCUCAUUGCUUGAGAUUUUAUAGCAACUGGAAUGGAAUUGAAGUGUGAGUUUUGAACAAAUAGUUACAUAUUUGGAUCUGCCUGCUCUUAAAUUAGGGUCUCAUCAGUGUUAUAUCAAUUAACAGAAUUUUUGUACAUUCGCUAUA